UAUCCUAACAUUAUAUCUAUUAUACAAUACACUACAAUAGAAUACAAUACAAUACAUUAUGAAACAAUGAAUAACAAUGAUCCAAACAAAGUGUUAAAUUUGAGUUGGGUCGUUGUCAGAAGAAUCGUGAAGUAGUUUAGUGAAAGAGCAAUGUAUAAUAUUUCGUUAGUUAUACAGUCUAUGGGAGACAACUUCUCUACCUCACAAUAUCAGGCACAACCUCUAUACCUAACAAAAGUAGGGGGUUAAUGUUUGCAUACAUCUUACCUUUCCAGUCUCCACUUGUGGUCGUGGGAUUACAGUAGGUGUAUGUUGUUGAUGUUUCAAUUGUUUUGGUUGAUAGUUCUUAGGAUAAUCAAUAAAUUAUUUGAAAUCCUUCUUAAACUUAUCUAAGCAUGAACGAAGGUUCGGAUUAUCUGUUGUGUCUAGGAUUCAUUGAGGUUUGUGUUUAACUAGGUAAAAAAUCAUUUAGCAGAACCAGAAUCAUGAAUUGGGCUGAUAUUUUUUCUUUUGUAACCUUUGUGACUGAGUCAAGCUUGUGUGUGCCUCGACUAAUUCCACGGGUACUAUCUGCUUCGGCCAUAGAAGAUAUAACCUAAUGUUUUCGCCUCCGCUAGUAUUUAGAAGUGAGACCUCGUGGUUCUGUAUCCACUUCAUUAACCACUAUACCUCACCAUCGGGCUAAUAUUUAACAGCCCAUGAAAUACUAUUGAUCCUUCGUGAUGCAUUACUUCUUUUCCUGAAAUAUCAUUGCAGAGAACAACUUUCUUUUAAUUAUUCUCAGUAGUUCAGUCCUAGAAGAUGAGGAGGCAGCUGAUGAAGUCGUGGCAGCGGCUCUGUAGGCUUAUAAUGAUAUCUAGGCCCUUUGGAAAUCCACUGCGGGAUAAGGCGAUAGCAGUUGCUGGAAGAGUCGCUAUAAUGGAAGAAGGAACAACUUUCAAAGCUUCUUGUCCAGUGUGCUUACAAGUUCUAAGCACACCACUUAAUUCUGAUCUAAAAAUGACACUGGCUGUACACAUGAGCUUAUGUCACGCAGAUGAUGUUCAAUUGCAUUGGGAACUGAUGCAAAACAAAGGAAGAUCAAUUGUUCACAUGCCUUCUUUUUGCUUUGGAGCUGGGAUGGCUGCUGGAAUUGGUGCUCUGAUGGUUAUUCUUGCCAAAAGUCAUGCUCAUGCAUUUGGCAAUAAGAGGUGAAGUUUAUCUCUAACUCCGACUAAAAAGUAUCUGUGAUGAUUCUUAUUGUAUUUUGCCGCUGGUUUUGCCUCAGUUAUGAAGAAUUAGCCUAGUAUAAAGCUGCUAUUUCAAAGUAUUAGGAAAGCUUAAAUAGAUAGAAAGUUCAAGUGGCUGAAUGUCAUAUGUUUGUAUUACUGAAUGACUAAGGUUAUAUGAAGAUCCAUAGAUGAUAUAGUAGUUAGAGACAGAAAAGUAGUUUCCUGUUUCUUCAAGAUACCAAGGUGAUAUGGAUUUUGUUCCAGA